UUUUUUUUUCCUUCUGAUUUCCACAGAGGAGUAUGGUCUGGAAAUAACCAACAAUGGUCCCAUCACAACGGGAGCUCAAGCUACUGUUCACGCAAGUCUCAGUAUGAAGAAUGACAGUGUUGCAUCAAACUCGUAUCACUUUAAUUGGAUUUAUGCUCCUCUGAUUCUGAUAGAGAAAUCUGAGCAGCAGUUUAACUCCGUGAUUAAUGUGACCAGUGAAUUUCCUGGGACUUUUCCUAUAUCUGUCUGGGUGACUCAUAGAAACUGUUGGUUAUGUCGGCCAGUUGCUAGAAAUGUCACCAUGCUUCAGAUUACAGAAUUUAUCACAGGGAAUCUUACCAUUGCCCAGAUAGAAGACAGCAGAUUUAUCACACGUGGUUCCAGUUCCUCCACAGGCGCUGUGACCCGGAUUUCCUUCUGUCUUCAUGACCCAAGUCAUUACUUUAAGUCAGCAUCAUUUGUCUACAACUGGGAUUUUGGAGAUGGAGUCUAUCAGAUUACCAAGGAACCCUUUGUCUACUAUAACUGCUCUACCAUGGGGAAUCGCACAGUGCAUCUGAAAGUCAUAGCUGAAUGGGAGCACAUUGGAAGCAUCAUGCAUGAAAGAGAAACGGUACAGAAAACUGGUGAUUUUACCACUGCUCUGGAGCUGUUAGAUGCUGUUAAAAGUAUUAACGUAGUGGGCUCCAGAGAGACUCAUGUAAUGGAAAACUUGAAUUUGUCUCUUCAUAUCAAUGGGACCCCGCCGCUGGCAUUAUGCUGGCUUAUAAAAGCCGAGUGUAUUCCACUGGAAGAUGAAAAAUGCCAUCUGGUGGUAAUUAACGGCUCCUGCUACAAUCUCAGCCAUACCUUCAGUGACGCGGGACAGUAUUGCCUCAGCAUCAGAGUGGAGAACGGCGUGACGAUGCUGCAGACGUACCAUGAAAUAAAAGUGUGGCCAACAGGGAUGCACCCAGCUUUCUUCAUCCUGCUCUGCAUCGCUCUGGUUUCAGUGAUGCUCGGACUGGUGCUGUACACAACCUUUCGAAGUAACACACAACAAAAAGAUCUCGUGGAGGUAGCUGACUUCGACUUUUCUCCACUGUCUGAUAAAAACCUGUCUUCUCGUUCAGAGUCAGGCUGUGGCCGAAUGUGUUGCAGAUCAUGUUUUGUUUGGUCAACUCAAGAAGCUGCCACUGAGAGUCAUGAACUUCUACAUUCUUUUUACAAGCCAGUCAAAACGUACACAGUGUGAAGAACACAAUUGCACUUUGGUUGCACUAACUGCUGAGUUUAACUUUUUCACUUAUGAUGAGAUAAAAGCCCAGUGUUGCAUGAAUGGUUUGGUUUUGCCAAUGCAAUGAGUUUAACCACUUUAGGUCCAGCACUUGAGUGUUUCAUUCUCUGAACUAAAAAAAAAAGCAAGCCCUGAAACACAGUAAAAGUAGCUUUGUAUUUUUAAAUGAUACGGGUGUACACAUUUACAGCUGUAAAUGCAGCAUUUUAUUCUUAUGAAAAUUGUUUUAUGUGCAGGUUUGCUAAACUCACUACCUCUUGUAAUUUCUCUGUUCCUUCUGCUGUCUGUUUCAAAGACAAAAGUGCUUAAGACAAACAUACCUCUUUCCUAUGUUACAACAAUAUUACUGGAAAUGAAAGUCACCCAAAA